AUGAAGUUGGCGGUACUGCUGGGGCUCCCAGCGACGAUCCUGAGCGCGGUUUACGCGGCCACGGAUCCCCACGAGUACCGGGAGCAUCUCCACCUGAAACCCCUACCUGGCGGAAGCCUCUAUGCGGGAUUCUCUUUCAAUGCCACCACCUCGCUCGGUUCCUACGACAAACAACACUACCGCUACUUCCCGCGGUCAUUGGCACAGAUCCUCCACUAUACCCACACCGCCGAAUUACACCUGCGCUUCUCGCUGGGCAGAUGGGACGAAGAGACAUGGGGCAGUCGCCCACGAUCAGGUCUCCGCGAGGGCGGAAAUGGGGUAGAGCUGUGGGCGUGGCUAGAAAGCGACGCAGAGCGCAAGGCCGAGGAGAGGUGGAGCGAUCUUGUCAACAGUCUAUCAGGCUUGUUCUGCGCCAGUCUAAACUUCAUCGAUUCAGGCAAGACAGUACGGCCGUUGUUGAGCUUCGACCCGGAGGGGAGCCUGCGUGAAUACCAGGCGAUGCAAGAGCGUGUCACCGGAAGAGGCCAAGGAGAACUGCAGCUUCUCCACGGCAUGCUCCCCCAUGAAGUGGUCUGUACGGAGAACCUGACCCCGUUCUUGAAACUAUUACCGUGCAAGGGAAAAGCUGGCAUAUCGAGCUUGCUCGAUGGGCACAAAGUCUUCGAUUCAGAGUGGCAGACCAUGAGCGUAGAUGUGCGGCCGGCGUGUCACGCAUCUGGGACGAGCUGGGAAUGUCAGUUGGAGAUUCAACAGACGGUGGACAUGGUGCUGAAUACGGAACGCUCGCAACGACCACAUGACGACCCCAUCCCUCGACCGAAACCAAUCGAGGAGAUCAAGUGUGAUGCGAGCAAAUCAUACAAUGGCGAAGACACCUGCUAUCCAGUGGCAUUCGAGGGAGAACAGGAGUGGACUCUGAGUAAGAUUUUCGGCAGGCCGCUAAGGGCCAGCUGUCUGGCUUCCGGCAGCGAUACACAUGACGUGUCACUGGCCGUUCCAUCGGAACGUACCGUCGAAGUCAUCUCCAAGAGCACUGUUUCUCACGAGGGAGAUAACAGUACGAGAAGCUACUACCUACCUGAUGAUACGGAUUUCGACCUUCAUCUUCCCCAACAGGUCCUUGCUUCGAACCAACAAGAGUCCGAGACAGCCUCGGUCCACGCCAGUCGACAAAUUACUGGGUAUGGCCAGGAACGUGGAGGCAUGCACACCACUCUGCACAAUCCACACCCGUGGCCGCAGGAUGUCAUCUACCUCGAGUCGUUGCCAUGGUUCCUGCGCCCCUACGUCCACACCCUCAGCCUUUCUGCCGGAACUAUCAAAAAGACAUACUACACCCCUCUUCUGGAUCGUCAACGAGGAACACAGUUGGAGCUAUUGAUCGAGCUUCCCGCGGAGAGCACCGUGGAACUGACCUACGACUUCGAAAAGGCAAUAUUACGGUACUCGGAAUACCCGCCUGAUGCAAAUCGAGGUUUCGACAUUCCCGCAGCCGUUAUUCGCGUCUUGCCUGGCAACAGCACUCUUGGGGCGCCGACACGAGAGAACUAUCUCCGCACGACGUCUCUCCUGCUCCCUCUCCCGACCCCCGACUUUACCAAGGUUAGACAAGGUCUCGCCGGCCUGAAAAAAUUGCUGGCUAAGUCGAAAGCUGGCGUGAAUGCGGGAGACGAGAGCAACGGGAAAACUAUGCAGGAGAGCAGCUCGCCUGUCAAGGAAGAGAAUGGGAGACCAAAGGAACACAAGAAAUCUCGGUGA